CGAGAACAUGGCGGAAGCGGAGUGAAGGGUUCGUAACGCCGAAGCGGGAGGUAGAAGAAAAUGGUAUUCAUUUGAUGUUGUUGUUUUUUAAUACUAUGUUCAGAGGCAAAAUCAUUCCACAACUAUGGAGAAUGAAUCAAGCACAACAACGUCUUCUACAGGCACAACAACCAUCGCUACUACAUCUUCCCCCUCCCGUACACAACCACCCCAGAUAUCUGUCUACAGUGGCUCAGAUCGACAUGCUGUGCAGGUCAUUCAGCAGGCCUUGCAUCGUCCCCCCAGCUCAGCUGCACAAUACCUUCAGCAGAUGUAUGCGGCUCAGCAGCAGCAUCUAAUGUUACAAACUGCAGCUUUACAACAGCAACAUUUGAGCAGUACUCCGUUCCAGAGUUUGGCCAAUGUUCCACAGGCAAAUCUUUCAGGUGGGAGGCAGUGUGCUUCUCCUAAUGGCAGUGUCAGUCAGCAGUCCAGCAUGUCAGAAACCUCGAUUAAUCUUUCUGCUUCUCCUACACCUGCACAGCUAAUAAGCCGUUCACAGACCUCCAACACUAGUAGCAGCAGUCUUACGCAGCAGACGAUGCUGUUAGGGAGCACCUCUCCUAAUCUGACUGCCAGUCAGGCUCAGAUGUAUCUCCGAGCUCAGAUGCUGAUUUUUACGCCUGCUACCACUGUGGCAGCUGUCCAGUCUGACAUUCCUGUUGUGUCCUCAUCAUCUUCGUUUCCCUGUCAGUCUGCAGCUACUCAGGUCCAGAAUUUGACUUUGCGGAGUCAGAAGCUGGGUGUAUUGUCUACUUCUCAAAACGGAACGCCCAAAAACGCUAGUCAACCCCAGACAUUAGCUGUGUGUCCUAGCAAAUCUGUAACCGGUGCCAAAGCCAGCCAAUCGGAUCUAGAAAGCAAAAGGAAAGGAGACAGCCCAAAUGCUGAGCCUCGAAGUCCAGCUGUUACCCGUACGUCAAGUAUUCAUCAGUUAAUGGCACCAGCCUCAUAUUCUCCGAUGCAACCUCAUUCCCUGUUAAAACAUCAGCACCUCCCUCUUCACUCGCCACCUUCCAAGCUCUCUCACCAUCAGCUAAUCUUUCAGCAACAGCAAGUCCAACCAAUCACACUCCAGCUGCCUCCCAGCCACGAAGCCACUCCGUCCCAGCACUGUGCCCCCCUUCAGGGCCAUCCUCUGACUCCAGAUCCCGCCAUUACCCCAUCCCAGCACUGCACCCCUGUCCAUGUCCACCCUCCUCCACUUUCUCCAACCCCAUCCCCAUCCCCACAACAAUCUGUUGUAGUAUCUCCGCCGCCCUCUACUUCGCCCAGCCAAUCCCCCAGUAUAAUUAUCCACCCCCAGACUCUUAUUCAAUCCCAUCCACUGACAUCGUCGGCGCUCCAGUCCGAACAUAACUCGGUGCAAGCUGAUGAGAGUUCAACGGAAUCAACCUCACAAUCCGCUGCUCAUCCGCCCCAGUUGUCCCCUUCCCCAUUAGUCCACGGGGGACCAGCAGACCGGCCUUCCAUGCUGUCUCCCACCCAACAGAUGUCAUCGCCAUCAUCUCAUCAACCAUACCCAACAUUGCACCCAGCGCCAGUUCCACUUGCAACCUCUCCACAGCUGUCAUCAACUCCAGCCCACCCUCAACAGAUGAGCCUUCCUCCUGUUCCAUCUUUGCAAGUCCAGCCUGAACUUUUGUCCCAAGAUCAGGUUUUGGUACAAAAUACCUUAGUUUCUGAAGAGGAGCUUCCCGCUGCUGAAGCUUUGGUCCAGCUGCCACUUCAGACUCUUCCGCCUCCCCAAACGGUUGCAGUAAACCUCCAAGUGCAACAAGCAGUACCUAUUGAAACCCCAGUGCUUUACCAGGAGGAAGAUGUCUGUGAAGAUGAGAUGCCUGAGGACUCAGAUGGUGUUCGCAUGGUUAGGACUCCCACCCCACCAACGCUGUCACCACCAGCUAUAACUUUAAGAAGCCGCGAAGAGCUUUCUUACGAAGACGCUUUUGCAGAACAAGAGGGACAUUCUUCAAUGGCCUCAUCAGUCAGCGCAUCUGUAAUUAAAUCACCAUCAGACCCUUCGCAUGCCUCUAUUCCACUGCCACCUCUUUUGCUCCCAGCAAUUGCAACAAGGACUCACAGCGCAUCAGUGUCCAAUAGAAACCCUAGUAUAGAAAACAAACUUCCACAGGCUAUCGUUAAACCACAAAUCCUGACUCAUGUCAUUGAGGGUUUUGUGAUCCAAGAGGGUUUAGAACCAUUUCCUGUAAGUGUAAGUUGUUCAUCUCUUCUGACUGACCAGCCUGCAAAAAAGAGACUCUUAUUGGAGGAGCAAGUUGUGAAUGUUAUGUGUGUUGAACCGGAGCUUCAGAACAAUGCCAAACAUGCAGACAACUCCUCAGACACAGAGAUGGAGGACAUAAUUACUGAAGAGGGACUGGAUGAGAUGGAGACAGAUCUUCUCAAGUGUGAAUUUUGUGGGAAAAUGGGGUACGCGAACAAGUUCCUGAGGUCAAAACGGUUCUGCACCAUGUCCUGCGCUAAAAGGUAUAAUGUGAGCUGUGGUAAGAAAUUUGGAUUAUAUUCAUCAGACAAGAGCAGCCGUUGGAGCCGUAGUCCAGAUAACCCAGCUCUUGGGCGGCGAGGGCGGCGUCCCAGUGGCUCUGAUGGAGCUCCAAGGGAACACUUCCUUCGACAGCUACCAAUUACUUAUCCAUCUGCAGAAGAAGACUUGGCCUCUCAGGAAGACAGCGUGCCAGUUGCCAUGACCACUCGCCUGCGAAGGCAAAGCGAGAGAGAAAGGGAGCGGGAACUUAGGGAACUGAGAAUUCGGAAAACAGCCGACAACAUGGAUUUGUCGCCAGCCAUGCAGUCGGUCCCAUCGGGGUGGACCGUCGAAGAUGUCUGGGCCUUCAUCCGCUCAUUACCUGGUUGUCAAGAUAUUGCUGAUGAAUUUCGAGCCCAAGAGAUUGAUGGGCAGGCUCUUCUCUUAUUAAAAGAGGAUCAUCUCAUGAGUGCGAUGAAUAUUAAGCUAGGACCUGCACUAAAAAUCUGUGCACGGAUCAACUCUCUGAAGGAAUUGUAGUGGAAAACCAAGGUUUAAACCACAGUUUUAAAUUGACUUGUAAAGUAAUAAGCCAACAUCUCAGUGUUCGAUGCAAUGAUUACUGCUUUGCUUUGCUAAGCCUUUUUUUUUCCACAUAAAAACUGUCGGAGGAACAUUUUUAAUAUGAACUUUCAAAACUUUCCAGCUAUUCAGGAAGCAUAAGCUGUGCUGGUUUUAAAAAAAAAAAAAUUAGUCAAAACCUGAGUGAGGUAGAGUCAGUGGGAAGCUCUAAGAAUUGUAUGUAAAAUGUUAUGGGUGAUGCUUAUUCCAAAAAAAAAAAAAGGCAAUUACAAUAAUUAAGCUUCUUUUGAAUAUAUAACCUUGAUUACAGUUUUACAUUAUGUUUCUAUACACUUUUUUUUUCCUUUAUAGAAAGCUUUUACAAAUACGGAUUAACAGAAGAGUCCACAGAGUUUGUGGAAGCAUUGACUAUGGUAAAAUGCUAUGCAUUUAAUUGUGCUCAUUGGAUUUCAGUUAAUCUUGAGCCUAUGGUUUGAAGAGAACCUGUAGUUCACCUUCUCUUCUCCCUUAAUCCUACAGCUCAAACCACCACGAUACCAUUUCCUUUAAGCGUGGAAGCUUUUCUGUAAACAUGUGUCAUAUUUUGGGAAUCCCGCAAACCUUCCACCAUUACCAUAGACACUUAGAUCUUAACAGAUCACAUGUGCCCUCCUUGCCAGUUUAAGCAGAACCCCCAUCAAUGUUUAGAUUCCCCCCUUAGUCAAUGGGGAGGUAUGACUAGGUGGAGCUUCAUAGUGAGUAUGAUGCAUGCAGCAGUAUAGCUGCAGGACACGGUUAACAAAAGCACAUACACUAUCUCUUUGUAUGAUGCUGUGUGUUGAAGAGGGCAUUAUGUUACUGUCUUUUUGCCUUUGCUGCUGGUUCGUGUAGACCAAAGGAGUUGACACUCAUCUGUCCAAUCCCUAGAGUAGAGGCACCUCUUCAUCCGAAUGCUAUUGUGCAGCUCUGUUAGAGUAGUUUUUAAAGAAGUAAAAUGGCUACCAUGCUUUGUUUCCAUCUGUCUUUUGUGCCUUCCUUCCUUCCUUCCUUCCUUCCUUCCUUCCUUCCUUCCUUCCUUCCUUCCUUCCUUCCUUCCUUGAAUGCUGUUAGGGAUGUUAUUGGAAGAAGCACAGGUUGAAAUUACAUUGGUUUCAGCUCUUAGCGUUUUCUCACAACCCAGUGUUAUCUGCAGAAACUGGUCACCAUCACUGUGACGAGGAUCCUAAAUCAAUGGCACCAAAGUAUUAUUAGCAAGUGGUCAGGUGUUUGCCCUCUGCGUCUGCUUAAUAUUUUGCACUAUAAACCAAAAGAUCUUGUUGCCAUGAUAGGGCUUGAUCAGCCAUGCACACCAAUGAUUUUUCUUGGGUAAGAUAACACUUGAGAAGGGUGACCUUUAUGGUAGAAAAGAAGUUCCUUGUAGCAGAUUUCUUCCAAUUCAGAACUCUCCAGGGAACUACAGUUCCCAUCAGCCCUAACUAGGGAUGACCAGGUGAGGGGAAGCCUCUAUAUAAUUGAAUGUAAAUCUUCCAGAAGGUCUCAUAAGGUCUGUAUUCAUUUCUGACACAGGUAGACUUCAGUAUAAUACAAUUAAUACAGAUUUGUUUCUUGGGAAGAACUUGAAAGCUACUGUAGUUAAUUCCUCAGUACUAGCAAAGAUACCUGGUUAUGGUUAUUCCACUGAAAGAAUCUUUCAAAAUAGAUAAAGGGUGAUUUUUCAUUUAUUUCCUUCCUGCCUAUUGGAGGUCCUAAAAUUGUGAAACUGGAAGACUUCCCAAAAUCAGUCUGGAUGGGGAGCAAAUAAUCACUCUGCUCACACGUCUUUCACUGACUGAUAGAAGGUCACUCAUUAAGAACUAUAUGGGUAUCAUCCUGGUGAUAAAUAGUAUUACAGUUAUAAAUCUCAAAAAAAAUUUCUUUAUUUGAUUAGAGAAUUAUUAGAAAAAAUGCUUAUUACCUCGAUUGAUUGACAGUUAUUUAGAGCUAGCAAGAGCACUUAAGCCUUAAACAGCAUUUUACUGAUUCCAUAUCUGGUAUUUUGGAAUACUUUCAGAAGGAUUCCUAGCUGUUUACAUAUUGACAGAUUAAUAUUGAAGGUUAUUGGAAGCUCAAAGCAAUCUGUAUAACAAGAAAAUUAAUUGCUAUUGUUAAAACAUGUCCAUGUGGGGUGGGGAUCAAAUAUAUUAUUGCAUUAUUCUCCAAUUCUCAACUUUUACUAUGAUUACAUUAUUUAUACAGCAAGGCCUUGUGGCUAUGUAGCAAAAAUCUGACAAUUUGUUUUCAGCCAAGCAAAGAUUAUGAGCAACUAUUGGAAAUAAAGGUAGCUUUGUGAAGGGAACUUACGCCAAAGCAGAAUUACAAAUUUGGCCCCAUUUGUUGAACUUCCAAACAAAAAUAGCCACUUUGGUCCCAUUCACUUUAAAGAAUUUAAGAGUGGGGUCCUCUAAAGGACUAAAUUAGAGAGUACACACAUGCUGAUUUAUAAAUCACUUUUAGCACACGAUUUACAUUUUACUGAGUUGAAUAUCGGGUUGAUUUAGUUUUGUGAGCGACUUUUCUUUGAAUGUUUAUAUUUUAAAUAUGUAAAUGCUACAGCAUUUUAAUUUUUUUUUGCAUAUUCUGUAGUUGUCGGCAGAGCACAAUUUCAUAUUCAUAGUAGUAUGAUAAGUAUUAUAUAUUUUAACCCAAAUGCACACUUGAUUUUCAUUAGCUGCACAAUGUUAUAACCUUUACAGUAAUUUUACAAAGAGGAUUAUGGUAUUACUCUUCUGUAGUCAGUAGUAGUAUUGUUUCUCUGAAGAAUGCAGGAUAUGAUGAGAAGCACAAAGGAUUCUGUCCUGAGGGGGGAAAAACAGAUUUUGUUCUAGCUUAAUCCCCAGGAAAAGAAUUUGACAGAUUGCAGAUAACUGCUGAAAGAACACCGAAGCAUUACUAUCCGGGUGAUUGGCAUAUCUAAAUCUGGAUAAUUUGACAGGCAUGGGUCCUUCCUCUUGCGUUGAGGAGGUGGUAAACAUUUUUGUCAAAUUGAAUUGUCAGGCUACUGAGGACCCCACAGGUCGUCCUCAACUUAAAACCAUCAACGGCACUGGGGGGGGGGAGUGACUUAUGACCCAUUUUUACCAUUACGACUGUCGCAAUAUCCCCAUGGUCAUGUGAUCAUCAGACCCUAAGUAACCGGCAUGUAUUUGUGGCACUUGUAAUGUCUUGGGGUCACGUGAUGACCUUUUGCAACCUUCUGAAAAGCAAAAUUAAUGGGGAAGCCAGAUUCAUUUAACAGCCAUGUUGCUGUUUAACCACUGCAGUCAUCCAGUUAACAACUUUGUCCAAAUAGGUCAUAACAGAUGACAAAUUUGGCAGUUAAUGAUUGUCUUGAUGAGCAACACAAAUUUGGGGCUCAGCUGUGGUCAUAAGUCAAGGACUAUCUGUGUUUGCAUACAAUCCUUUCCCCCUCCGCUUGCCAUCCAUGGGGAGGGAAUAGUCUUGUAGCUAAAAAAAUAAUAAUAAUAAUUCCAGUCCCAUUUCCCCCUGCAUGCAGAGUUUAGCCCUGAGUUAGUAAAAGGGCAGAAUGUGCUGUCCUCUGUCUAGGCAGCUUCCUGCUUGGGAAGGACUUGUUUUGAAGAAAGCUUUUUGGAUUGCCUCCAAUUAGAAUGCUUUUGUGUUUGCUUUGAGCAUUUUUCACUGCAAUUUCCGUGGGUGCUGAUGUUGGAGGCUGCAUGGAAAUAAUUGUGCGAGUUGAAUUCCCUGUGACUUGUCUGAACACAGUCAACAGUGAGAGCCCUUAUUUGGAAGGUUUAUCCAUUUUCUUUAGGCAAUUUGUCAAAUAAAAAGCAAGAGGUUAAUUGCAGGAGGGAACAUUUUAGAAGAUUUUGUCUGAGGGAUAUUUUUCCCCCCUUCUUUUUCUAGCAAUGUCCUAUUUCUUAAGUUCAUUUCAUGAUUCGCCAGCAGAGUCUCCCCCUAAAAAGUGCACCAAGUGAUCAUUAGUAAUUUUUGUUUUAUUUUGGCAAAUUGGGGCUGUUGCUAUAGGUGUCUGCAGAAUAUCUCCCGGGGCGCAAGGGUUGUUGUAUCAGAGUUGCCUCAUCCGAGUUGUUGCAUCCCACGACAAAAACGUCUGAAUGUAUACAAGACACUGAAUUCUGUUGCUAGUUUUUCUAAUUCUACUUUAGUUCUUAGGAUCCCCUGAAAAGUUGUUUGUAAUAGUUCAGGGACCAUUUAGAAAAUAAUAGUAGUGUUGUUUACUACUUGUAGUAGUAUGGCAAGGGAUGAGGGGGGAAAGAUGAGUUUCCCUGACUGGCAUAACACCUGUCCACUAAAGCCAAACAUAGCUGCAUCUCAUAGACUUGAACAGAGCACAGAUAGAAAACUUCCCGGCUUCUGCGGCUUCUUUUCAGGCUGCAGUUUUUCGUGGAAAGGAAUACAUUGCAGACAGUCCUCAACUUACAACCAGUCACUUAGCAGUGGUCAUUACAACAGAUCUCCCUGGAGAUACUUCACCAUCUGGAUUCGAAGUUUUGAUGGUGAGGUUAUCCCUUCUGUAUCCCAUGACCAUGAUUGCAUUUUGGGUGCAAUCGGAUGGGGCACUUUUACCGCUAUUUACAGUAUCGCCCUGUCCCAUCACUGCAUUUUACAGUAAUUUUGCUGAAAACCGGCAUUUCCAGCCAAACCAAGCAGUGUUUCGCUUAAUGAUUAAUGUGGCUUAACAACCGUGGCAGCCAUUGAAGUGCAGCAGCUGCUUAAUAGUCAUCGCAAAAGAAAAAAGGUCCUAAAAAAAUUGGUCAUGAGGGCGAACCUGAUUUACAAAAACAUGUGUUAGACGACCUUCACAGGCAGGAACCAUGACUGCUGUAACUUGAGGACUACCUAGGCAGUGUGUAUUUUGAAUGGGGUACAGUGUUUCCAAAGGGGGCCCAAUAAAGCAGAUAAACCUUUGCAGUUUGGUGGUCCGGCUGGAGGGGGAGGGGAACUGGGCCGGUGAGAGGUGGGACAGCUUGGCCCAAUUUGCACAAGCAGCAGGCAAGCGAGCGUGCGCAAGAGUGCCCACUGGCCCACUGCUUGUGCAAGUUGAGUUGCGCAUGCAGCCCUGCCACUUGUGCAGCCCAAUCCCAAAUAGGUCACAGCCCAUUAGUGGAUCACAGCCCAGGAGCUGGGGAUCCCUGUGAUAAAGUAAAUCCUGGUUACAAUUGCUUCACUCUUUUUGAACAGGAUUGUGAAAACCAGUUUUUAAAGUGUACUUUCCUUGUAGAAUGAAAAUCCUUGUGUACAUAUAUAUAUAUAUAUAUUUAAACAAAGAAACAGAUCCUUUAAUAUCUUCUUUGCAAAUAAGCCUGAUAAGAGUUAAC